AUGUCCUCGCCUUUAAUUUUAGCCAAAACAAAGGAUAGACUUUACUUCAAACUGGCUACCGCUAGUGAAAAAGAUACCUCUCCAAUUUUAUGUUUUUCAGAAAAAUUCCAUAAUGAAACCUCCAUGUCUAUCGUUGAUGAUUUUCCAGAAUUUGGUAAUAUUCAAAAAAUUGCAGGUAUUAUUGGUAGUAUUACCUUGAAGAUUAACACAUAUGUAAUCAUUGCCAAAAGAGUUGAUCUCACUGGUGUUUUGAACGGUCAUAAAAUAUUCAAAGUAGUUGAAAGUGAUAUUAUCCCUAUUAACAGAGAUAUCAAACCAAUUAAAGAGGAACGUGAAUACUUAAAGUUAUUAAAUCAACAUUUGAACAAUGCAACAUUAUUUUUUUCUUACACUUACGAUUUGACUAAUUCUUCGCAAAGAAAUAAUGAAUUAUUAGAAAAUUCAAAUGGAUUAACUUGGAAAACUGCUGACAAAAGAUUUUUUUGGAAUUACUAUGCUACCGACGGUUUGCGUAAUUUAGUUGCAAAAGAGGAAAAUCCUCAGUUUAACAAGUUUGUUAUUCCAAUGAUUUAUGGUUAUGCUAAGAUAGUAGAGUCUACUUUUAAUAACCACGAUAUCUCUUUAGGGUUAAUCACUAGGAGAAGUAUCUACAGAGCAGGUACUAGAUACUUUCGCCGUGGUAUUGAUGAGCAUGGCAACGUGGGUAAUUUUAAUGAAACAGAGCAAAUUUUAGUUGUAAACAAGUCAAACAGAGCUUAUGACUAUUAUUCCUUUUUACAAACGAGAGGAUCGGUACCAGUGUAUUGGGCCGAAGUCAAUAAUUUGAAGUAUAAGCCCAAGUUAUUUGUGAGCGAGCAGAGUUCUUUGGAAGCAACUAAAAAGCACUUUGAUCAACAAGAAAAAUUGUAUGGCGAAAACUACUUGGUUAAUUUAGUCAAUCAAAAGGGGUAUGAAUUACCAGUCAAACAAGCCUAUGAAAACAUAGUUGACCAAUUGAAUGAUCCAAAAAUUCAUUAUGUUUACUUUGAUUUUCAUCAUGAAUGCCGUAAAAUGCAAUGGCACAGAGUUAAGUUAUUAAUUGAUCAUUUGAAAAAAUUAGGCCUAACAAAUAACAACUAUUUCCACAAAAUCUGUGAUGGUCAGUCUUCUAAAGUUGUACAAACACAAAAUGCAAUUGUUAGAACUAAUUGCAUGGAUUGCUUGGAUAGAACUAACGUUGUUCAAAGUGUAUUAGCUCAUUGGGUUUUGCAAAACGAAUUUGAAACUGCUGGUGUUGUUGAAAAGGGUAAUCCAUGGGAAUCUGAAAGUAAGGAUUUAUUGUUUGAAUUCCAAAACUUUUGGGCUGACAAUGCUGAUGCAGUUAGUUGUGCAUAUUCGGGAACUGGUGCCUUGAAAACUGAUUUUACGAGAACCGGUAAGCGUACAUAUCUGGGUGCUUUUAAUGACUUGGUCAAUUCAAUCUCACGUUAUUACCAAAAUAACUUAACUGAUGGCCCAAGACAAGACAGUUAUGAUUUGUUUUUAGGUAACUUCAAACCAUAUGAAGAUAGUACAGUUACACCUUUCGCCGAUAGAAGACCAACUUUAAUUCAAUCAUUACCAACAGUUAUUUACUGUUCUUUUAUUGUUUUAGUUGCAACUGUUUUCUUUCCUAAAGAUCAAAAUUUUACUUCUACUAGAAAUUUAGGGUUCUUUGUAGGCUCUGUUUUAACAUUGCUAGCUUCUUUUAGAUACAUUACGAAAAAUGGCAUCCAAUAUGUUAAUUGGCCAAAACUGUGUGACCUUGGAUUCUUAACGGCAAUUGAAACGGCUGAUUCUAAUGGUCAAUUUACUGGUGUUCAUUUUGAAGUUUCAUCUAAAUUUUUGAAAAAUGUUAGUAAAAAAGAUUGA